UUCGGCAAGUUAUGCAGGACGCGGCCACUGCCAGCGGCCGCGAGCACACGAGGCUCUUGGAAGAUACCAAUGCGCUCCUCAAGCUCACUGGAUAUGGAGAUCGCGCGUUCCAAAACAUUGACGAACUUGUCAGCAGCAUCUCGUCCAUGUGUGUCGCCCUCUACGAGCGCUUCUUUGAUUUGAUGCUGGACAACGUCAUACGGGAACCACGGUCGUUGGACGACUACAGUCACAAUGCACAGCUCGUCGUGGAUGGCCUAUCCGCGGCUCUUCUCACGGAAGAGCUGCAGCAUGUUACGGGUGUCAAAGUGUGUGGUGGCGACUUCAUUUGCAUCCGCGACCUCGUCCGCGUGUUAACCCAAGUUUACCAGAUGCUGCAUCGACCAAAGUCACGAUUAGGCUCCAGUUGCAGUAGCAGCAAUGACUUGUCCUUGGACGAAACGUUUUACAUCAAGCGUUCAUCCAAGAAGAAGAAGCCAGCGACCAAGAAGGGCACAACAAGCACUAGCAGCGUCAGCGGUCGGAGUAUUGACCCGUCGCUCCAAACCACGAAGAAAUAUGGCCGGUUCGUGCCGCUAGUGGGCUCGUCUCGCGGCAAUAGCUUUGAUGGCCGCGACAGUCGUCGGAAAACACAGUCCAAGGGAGCUGCUCCUCGUGGGGGUGCCAACGAGGCGUCCCCAUCCCAGCCUCGUUCGUCAACCUCGUCCAAGUCGAAAACGAAGCCAUCUUUGCGUUCAGCUCAACCGUCGACGUCCCCACAAUUCGAACCGCCAGUGCCUCGGACGUUGGACUUUGGCAGUGUCUCGUCCGUCUCAUUUGCAGGCUCUCACGAUGAAGAGCUCUCGGGUCUGGAAUUUUCAGACUCCAAUGACCGCCAAGAGCUGUCUGGUGGUCGGUUGAGCCUCGAGCUGUCGAACGCUGCGUGCGAGUUGGCAGUCACAUCGCCACAACACGCUAGCAUGCGUCACGACGACGGAGGGUCUUUGCAUGUCGAUGACCUGGUGCAGGCAUCCAUGGAUUUGACCCCUUCUGCCCAAUCUGGACCAUGUUCACCGCCACUGGUAGCUGCAGAAGCAAAGCCGCCACCGUCCAAACUUCCCUGGGACAAUUAUGAUGAAGAAGAGCCUCGAUCGCCAGAGGCCACGAGAGCUGGGAACUCCACGACCACCACGAUGCAGCCCAAGGCCGCGGCGGUGAAAUCGGUCCAAGAAGCUGCUGCGAAGGUGCGGCCGUUCGUUGGUCCGCGGGCGGUGGUGUCCAACGAUCGCCUCCAACAACGGCGGUACAAGGCGCUGUUGAACGAGCACGUUCAAGAUAUGCGCGUGAAAGAAAUGAAGUUGAACCAGCACAUUGCACGGUCGUUUCAAAACAAAAAGCAUGCCGACCAUAUUGACCGGAUUCGAACCAAGAAGCUCCACGACGAGCUCAAACUGCAGCGCAUUGCGCUGCGCGUCCAGCAAAAGCGCGUGGAAGCGCAGAAUCUCAAGGACACGAUGGAGCAUCUGCUCCAUUUAGAAAAGAUGCGACUCAAGCAAGAGCACGACGAGACCACGGCCACGCUGCAUGCGAUUCAACGCCAACAUGCUGAUCGAGAGCUCGCGUUGGAAAACUAGUGCGUCAAGUUAUGUUGAUGGCUGACAUUGACGGGUGUAACUAUCUACCUGUACAUGUAGCUUUGCCAACCAAAUCGAAUUGGUCAAAGAGCAACGAGAACACGAAGUGCGCGAACGUACGCUCGUGCAACAAGCACACAAACUCGCUUCUGAGCAAAUGAUUCGGGAAUUGAGAAGCAGUCGAGAAAUGGAAGUCGCGGCGUUGAUGGAACAGCGCCGACAUUUAGCCGACGUCCAACAAGUUCGCCAGGAACGGAAGACGGCGCGGUACAUUGAGCAACAGACAAUGGAGACGAUGGAUCUCGCGAAGAAGAAGAUCGAUCCUUUCUAUGCAGCGGCCAUGAAGUCACGGGCCAAGCGACAGCAGAAGGCGGCGCAGGUCGCGCGGAUCUACGGCGGCGGUAGAUAAGGGCGAAAUUUGAAAUGUGUGAAAUAAAAUGAAACGUUAUCCGGA